UACAGGCAGCGGCAGUUUUGAACUCCAUAUCCGAAUAGUUUACAAACCAGGACUCUGAAGCUGUGGGGAAGAAAGAACAAGCAGAAGAAGGUGGAGUAGGGAAUUUUAAACGGGCGCUCAAGUAUUACUGCUUUACGGCAGAGCCAGUGAAAGCAAAAAUUGAGCCAAACAGAGAAGGGAACGACUCAAGUCUUAAGUCAGCGCAGCAUAAUGGGUCUCACCAUAUAUCACUGCCUUCUCUGUUGCCAAACGAUGGUAUCAAGAGGCCAGGAUUUCCUUUUGUUGUCUGGGAAUUACUUAUUGAUUCCGCACUGAGUGGGCAUAUUUAUUUUCAGUGCAACAUGAACAACAACAUGCCUUCAAACGAAUCAUGUCACAAUGCCACCUGCAGUGGGACUCUCACCGUGAAUGGGGAUGGCAAGCCGGCAACGAGCAUCAUCAUGUUUUUGGCAGGUGUGGGGGGAAACCUCCUGGCUCUCUUCAUCCUCGGAGUGCACCAGAAGGAGCAUCGCUCUAGGUCCUCUGUCUUUUGCAUCCUGGUGACCGGCCUGGCCCUGACCGACCUGCUGGGAACCUGCCUCCUCAGCCCUUCUGUGUUCAUCUCCUACGCCCGCAACAUGUCCCUGAUAAGUCUGGGCGGUGAAGGCCUGUGCAGCCUCUUUGGCUUUGCCAUGAGUUUCUUCGGCCUGGCGCCCACGCUCAUCUUGUGCGCCAUGGCCGUUGAGCGCUGCCUGGCCAUCAGCCACCCUUACUUUUACUCUGUACACAUACGGCGCAGCUUUGCCAAAUUUACUCUUUUCUUUAUUUACCUAUUUUCUUUGGCCUUCUGCCUCCUGCCAUUAGCCGGUUACGGCAGAUUCAGACAGUACUGUCCUGGGACGUGGUGCUUCAUCGACAUGGAUGCGACAGGGGAUGAGAAGGCCAACUUGGUGCUGGCCUUCUCUCUGUCCUACUCGUCCCUCAUGGCACUGCUGAUCUUGGCAGUGUUUGUGUGCAACGGUUCAGUGAUUGUCAGCCUGUGCCAGAUGCACCGGAGCCAGAUGAUGCGGCGCGGCUCUGUCGGCUCGACAGGGAGAAGGAAGAGGCUGAGCCUGGCCUGGUUCGGACAGGGGGAAGAGGAAAUGGACCACCUUGUUCUGCUAGCGCUCAUCACUGUCAUCUUUGUGGUCUGUUCCCUGCCUCUCACUAUUGCAGGCUUUAUCAACGCCAUUCACCCAUUUUGUGGCGACACAGAGAACCUGACAGCCUUCCGCUUCUACGCCCUCAACCCCAUUGUGGAUCCCUGGGUCUUCAUCAUCUGCCGCAAGUCUGUGUUUCGCCACCUUUGCUCUCUGCUGAGCUGCCGCUUCAGCAGAGGAGCCAUGAAGUCAACAGCACACUGUGCGCUGUCUUUACCCCUUGACAAUCACAUACAGUGCAACCCCCCAGACGUGACAGUUCCACAGGCCAACAUGUACCCCAAUUUACCUCCGUGACCUAACAAAAACCCUCAGCUGUGCAGGGUGUCUGGAGGCUGGGAAACUUUCAACUCUAAUAAAAAUUGGAAUGAACUUUUACAUUUGCAUAAAGGAUUCUUCCACUCCUUCACCUUAUAAGGCACACAGACUUUGGCCAAGAAUAAUGUGUCACAAUGGGAAUCUUCUUUCUUUCUCUAUGAACUAACUAAAAAAUUAUUGCACUGAGUCUUGAACUUUCAUUGACUGAUGGAAACUGUUGCAAGGAGAGAUGUGCCAUAAAACAAACAGCACUGUAACUUAGCACUAAGGAACACAUCAAACCAUGUCAUGCCUAUGAAUAAUAUACUGUAAAAUCAGAAAUAUGCACUCGGGUAAUCAACAUGCAUGAAUGUAUACUGUCUUCUUUUUUAUCUUAGCCUUUUCUUUAAGACACAGCAGAUAACCGUCGGUUAAUGGAUUGUCCUCAUCUACAAUUUCUAAGACAUGAGAUGCAGGUCACGCUCAACAUGAAAAUCAUAGUUUAUUUCCCUCGCUUUCAUCACUGGGGGCGAUGACAUGUUCAUAAAUUUCCCCUGACCAGAAUUAUGAUGUAGCAGUCAUCAGUUACCGGUCAGAGUGAUCCAAGAGAGAGACAUGUAUUUUAUUCAACUGAGGAGAAGUUUAUUAAAAAAUUAUUUGAUCACCAAAGUUAUCGCUACUCAUCCUACUGGCACCAAAAAAUAGAUAAGAUACGGCAAUCCAUCCAAUAGUUGUUGAGACAUUUUACUCAGAACUAAGAAUGUGAACCUCGUGGUGGCAAUCGACAAAAAGUCAGGGGAUCAGUAGGCUUCAUCUUUUCGGGAACAUGAAAGCCUGUACAGAACUUUAUGGCCAUCCAUCCAAUAGUUGUUGAGAUAUUUCACUCAGGACCAAAGUGGUGGAAAGAGAGACCGACACUGCCAUCUCUAGAGCGACACCUGUUUUCUAAAACACACAUCUUAUAAUCUCAUAUUGCAGCAUUGUUCCGCCUGCAGUGGAGUGCAGACCACUAGUACUAUGAAACAAAUAAUAUACAGUAUGUGUACCAAGAAUAUGCACCAUAUCAGAAUCUCAUCUGUUUGGCUGCUGUAGUCAGUCAAAAACUUCUUAUCCAGACAAUUAUGUCACUGUAUUGCCUGAACAUUUGAUUCCACCCUUCCUUCUCAUUCUCACUGAUUUCUAAGCUACUUAUGAUGAUUAUCUGUGAAGAGUCUCUCACAUUUGAAAAACUCUGCUGCUGCAAAAUGCACUGGGAGGAUUAGUCCUUUGUUGUUGUUGUGACUUUAAUGAUGUAACUGCAUUUAAUGUAGCACAUUUAUGCCUCACUGUUCUAUAAUGCUGUAUCUCCUUGCAAUGCUUUGGUUUAUACAGUGGAGUGCAGCAUAUAUGAGAUAUAUGGAUAACACAGAUAGUGAUUUGAAUUUGUUUUUGUUUGUUUUUCGGCUGCAUUGCACAUUCACUUUACGCUUUAUAGUCCUUAAAUGCUCAAUCAUGCAUGACCCGAGGUAAGUCAGACACAUCAUCACUUGUACAAUUGGUCUUUAAGGGUAUGAGGAUUUGAGUAGUACAGCCAUUAAAAUUAAUGAAAGAAUACAUUUUUAGAAAAAAAAAAUUAUAUU